ACACACCACCCGGUUGAAAUGCCUCCCUCACUAUGGGAUCCAGACAAGAUCUUGCAAGUCACCAAAGGACCCAAUGGCGGCAUGUUCUGCCUCGGUCGCGCACGCUUUCGCUACGACAGUCGCUGUCGAUGGGACAUUCCUUGGUCUGAUUACCGUGCUGUAUGCGCCAUCCUCAAGGACAUGGCCAUGGUAUUGCCACAUAAUAUAUCCGACAUAUCAACCACCCAGCUCCGAAUCCUCGCUAGACUGGGCUUGUGCGAGCAUCACGUCGACCAGGUUGGUGAGGUCGUGGCCGGGUGGGAGGAAAUUCUCGGGAGCGUCGAGGAUAUCUACUGGACAUACAAAGAGCAGGUGGGGAAGAACGGGGAGAAGCUGGAUAGACUGAGAGCCGAUGUGAAGAAAUGCCGACGGUUGAUAGGAGCAAAUGCAGAAAAUGAUCUGUCAAUGGUGCUGGGGCGAUAUACCAGCCAGCAGAAAAAGGAAUUGGCGACAGCCCGGACGACGAUUUCCAAACUGCAGCAGGACCAAGCCGCGACAAAACAUUCUCUUGUUCAAGCCCAGGAAGAAAGCAAACAGUAUCAGCAAAGAGAGCAGAAACAAAUGGCCGGAUGCGAUGAAUUGCGAGAGAAAAACGUAGCGCUGGAGACAGAAGUCAAGCUGGCUAAACAGGACUGCCACGAUCUUCAGAACCAGCGGGAAUCUCUAUCAUCAGAGCUUGCGGAUACAUCUGCUGAGUUACGUCAAGUUCGAGAUGUUAAUCAGAGAAUAGAAAAUGACAAUAAGUCUUUGCAACUGGAAGUCAAGGCGAAGAAUGAGCAGAUCAAGACACUGCGUGACAGCGACCUCUUCAUUUCCACUCAGCUGAAGGGGACAUCAGAAAGACUUGAAGAGGUUGAAAAGGAGCUGUUGGCUACCCGUCAAACGAAUACGGCAUUGCAGGAUGAACUGGACACGACAAUCAGAGAAAACACACAUAUACGCAGUGAGCUCAAUCAGCUAUACACACAGCGGCCUACUGGAAUAUACAACAGGGUCAAGCAGUGGAUCCAGAAGACAUUGAGGAUACUGAAAAAAGGCCACAAGGACUCAGACGAAGAGAGGGUGGAACUUGCUCAGGCAGGAGAUUAGAGACAUUGGGGAUAGAUGAAGAUAGAUAUAAUACACAUAUAUGUAAUCCUCAUUAUUUUAUAGGCUGCCUGGUCUUCUCACUGCGAUAUCCCUGACAGGUUGGACUCAUCACGAAAUUGU